CACUACAAAAGUGAAAGUAAGAGAUGAAACGGAGAAAACAAAACAACAGAUGAUCAGAUUUUCUUAGAGCUCUAAGAGCUGCAUUUUGGAUUACAUGAAUGCUUCACACUUCUGUAAUUUAAUGGUGAGGUAAGUUACACUGUAACCAUUUUGGGCAGUGCUGGACCUGUUUAUUUCCAACCACAGUAGUUUCCCUGUUUUUCCCCUGGUGGUCACGAAUUUUACUUUCCAAGAAGAAAUGUCUAUAUAUACACGCAAAUGAGUGGUAAAAAAAAAAAGAAAAAUAAUGUUUUAAUGAAAAAUUGUGUUUGUCGUUCUACAUGUAAAUUAAAAUUUCUAUCAAUAUUGACAUUUGACAAAUAAAACUAAAAUAUUACCAAAUUAAAUAUUGUUUUAUUAAUUAUCUGCAUUUUUAUCAUUUUGACUUUCAUCCCAUGUAUCACGAUUUUGAUGUUUUUUUUGUUUUGUUUUUUUUAAUAACCCCAUCUCAAAGAGGAAGCUGUUGAGUCAUAUUGCUCCUGGUUCCUCUUAAGCACAUGACAAACAGACACUGAAGCUUAAAAGCUUCCAGCCACUGCUUGCCCCAUCAGUGAUGUUGUCAGUCAUGUUUGUGAAGCUCAGAGUGUUGGCUCUCAUAUUCUUGGUGACCAAGGAUGUUCACCCCACCUACGCUGAAACAAAACUGGCUGCACCCCAAAAUGUGAAGGUGACCGCCAUCAAUAUGGCUACGGUUGUCGAAUGGAUUUCUCCACACAAUCCUAAGAGUAACGUGACAUACACAACAAGAUAUAUCCUGAGAAAAGAAAACGCUUCCAUCUGUGUGAACACCAAAGAGCUGAAAUGUGAUGUAGAAAAUCUGCCAUCUGUAUUUGGAUGCUACAUUUUUCAAGUGCGGGCAGAGUAUCAGGGGCUGUUCUCUGAGUGGGUUAAUGCAAGCGAAUUUUUACCAAAUAAGCACACAAUCAUAGGACCCCCUACUGUGCAUCUUGCCAUCCAAAAUAAUACCUUGGAUGUGUACGUCCAAGCUCCAGUGCUGAAAGUGGGCAAACUUGCGGACCUUUUUUCACAAGUGUCCUACGUCAUCAGAUAUUGGACCGAAGGCUUUGAAGAGGAGGCAAUAGAGAAGAUGGUUACUGAAACUUCAGUUGUACAACUGAAUAUUAAAGGACUGCAAUCCUGGAGCAGAUACUGUGCUCAGGCAAUGGUGGUUCCCAAAGGCUACAAAAACGGCAAACAGUUCAGUGCUACCGUGUGUGUGAACAACACACCUGUGCUCAUCAGCUGUGUGAUUGCUGCUGCCAUCCUUCUUCCUCUGUCAAUCCUGGCCGCCUGGCUGAUCUAUAAAGUGUACAGAUUCCUGUACCCUAAAACCAAACUACCAGAACUUCUCAAGAAUUUAUUUGUACCAACAUUUUGGAAUGCUGAGGCGACCCAACAUUCUGCACACCAGAAAGAACAGCAUGAUAAAAUCAGUGCCAUAUCUGAGGAAAGUCUACAUGAAGAGCUCAGCGAGAAAGCCAAGAUUUCAGAGGACAAUGACUCUGGGUUGACGUCUGUUCUCGCCCCAAUUCAAGAGGUGGAAGAGGACUACAAACUCCUGAUGCACCUGAAACCUGCACCUGCACCUGCUUUUUACCCAAACCAUCUCUAUCCAUUAUGCUUUAAAAACUCUCUAUUCGCUCAUUUAAACCAACCCUGCUUCACUAGCAUUCAGCCUAGUUACUACAACCUAGCAGACGCAAGCUCCGAGCUGAGCCACACUGACUGUGUUUGCUGAAGUCCCCAACAAGCUGAGAUGAUCUUAUGAUUUUCUGCAGUAAAUAUACAAAAUAAUUUUAUACGACUAUGCAGUGGUGCAAUGCGUGGCUGUCUGUUGAAUGUAUAUAAUUUCUCACAUUGUUUUCUCAUGCUAAUAACUGAAUGCACUUUCUAAGAAACUUAUAUCUUUGUAUGUCUAUAAAUGGUUACAUCGUUGUUGUAAAAUAGUGAAUUUUUCAUAAAUAAAACUGAGUUGAGUUUC